AUGUCCAUCCUUGCUCUGGUCGAAGAUCGACCAACUCCAAAAGAAGUCUACAACUGGAGGAUCUACCUGCUGGCCGCCGUGGCCUCCUUCACAUCAUGCAUGAUUGGCUAUGACAGUGCCUUUAUCGGAACCACUCUCGCCCUCAGCUCCUUCAGGGAAGAGUUUGGUUUCAACACCAUGAGCAAGACGGCGGUCAAUCUUGUGAGCGCCAACAUCGUCUCCUGCUACCAGGCCGGCGCCUUCUUCGGCGCUUUUUUAGCCUACCCCGUCGGUCAUUUCUGGGGUAGGAAAUGGGGUCUGCUAUUUUCCGGUGCGAUUUUCACCCUUGGCGCUGGUCUCAUGCUUGGUGCCGACGGUGAUCGGGGGCUGGGCCUGCUUUACGGAGGACGUGUUCUGGCCGGUCUUGGUGUCGGUGCGGGCUCAAAUAUCACUCCCAUCUACAUUUCCGAGAUGGCUCCACCCUCGAUUCGUGGACGACUGGUUGGAGUGUACGAGUUAGGCUGGCAGAUUGGUGGUCUGGUGGGCUUCUGGAUCAAUUACGGCGUCAGUGAAACUCUGGCUCCCAGCCACAAGCAGUGGAUCAUUCCCUUUGCUGUCCAGUUGAUUCCAUCCGGUCUGCUCCUCAUCGGUGCAGUUUUCCUCAAGGAGUCUCCGCGCUGGCUGUUCUCGCGCGGACGUCGGGAAGAUGCCAUCAAGAAUCUCUGCUGGAUCCGUCAGCUGCCUGCGGAUCACAUAUACAUGAUCGAGGAGAUCGGCGCAGUCGACCAGGCGUUGGAGGAGCAGCGCGCCACCAUUGGUCUUGGCUUCUGGAAGCCGUUCAAGGCCGCCGGAACCAACAAAAAGGUCAUGUAUCGCCUCUUCCUCGGAAGCAUGCUCUUCUUCUGGCAGAACGGCAGUGGCAUCAAUGCCAUCAACUACUAUAGCCCCACGGUGUUCAAGAGCAUUGGUCUCCAGGGUGCAAACACCAGCAUGUUCAGCACCGGUAUUUUUGGAGUUGUCAAGACAGUGGUCACCUUUGUCUGGCUCCUUUACCUGAUAGACCGCUUGGGACGGCGUCUGCUGCUGUUGAUCGGAGCUGCAGGCGCAUCAGUCUGUUUGUUUAUUGUUGGCGCUUAUAUCAAGAUCGCCGACCCGGCCUCUAACCCUACUCAGGAGAUGACCGGGGGCGGCAUUGCGGCCAUGUUCUUCUUUUACCUUUACACUGUUUUUUACACUCCGUCAUGGAACGGCACUCCUUGGGUUAUGAAUUCGGAAAUGUUCGAGCCCAACAUGCGCUCCCUGGCACAGGCCUGUGCGGCCGCGUCCAACUGGUUCUGGAACUUUCUCAUCUCGCGGUUCACACCGCAGAUGUUCGCCAAGAUGGAGUACGGCGUGUGGUUCUUCUUUGCGUCUCUGAUGGUGCUGUCCAUCGUUUUUGUGUUUUUCCUCCUUCCGGAGACCAAGGGCAUCCCGCUGGAGAGCAUGGACGCCUUGUUUGAGUCGAGGCCGAUUUGGCGUGCUCAUGAGACUGUCCUGGCUAGACUUCGGGAGGAUGAGGAACGGUUCCGUCAUGACAUUGAGGAAUCGGGGUAUAGCAAGACCGGUGACCAGCAGGUGGAGCACUUGUCAGAGGACCUGCCCAAGGUCUAG